AGGAUAUCCCCAUCAGGCCAGUAGUUUCAUACACAAAUUCUCCUGCGUCAAAGUUGGCCAAUUGGUUGAAUUCCAUACUUCCAUCAUUGAUGGACUUCACCAAUCGUUUUUCAGUUACAAACUCUUUAGAUCUUACUAACAAAAUUUCAAAUGUUAAUAUCCCUCCGAACUGCAUUUUGGUCUCUUUUGAUGUCUCAAAUCUUUUCCCCAGCAUAGACCCCGAAGAUUGUCUGAUGUUGGUUAGACAGCUUCUUUUUUCCAAUUCGGACUUGCCCACUUGUCACAUACUGAACUUAUGUUCUCUUGUGGAUUUAGUUCUCAGACAAAAUUUUUUUCAAUUUAACAACCUUUUUUAUGUUCAAAAAUCAGGUCUGGCCAUGGGAUCUAAUCUUAGCCCUUUGCUGGCUGAGGUUUUCAUGUCAAAUUUAGAAUCCACUAUUUCACAACACCCUAGUUUCUCAAAAAUUCUAUUCUGGCACCGGUAUGUGGAUGAUAUUUUAGCACUUUUCAAGGGUACGUUGGACGACCUCAACAAUUUUCUAAUUUUGCUUAACUCUUUCAAUCCAAGAAUUCAGUUCACUAUGGAGGUGGAAUCAGACAAUAAAUUACCUUUCCUUGAUCUAAUGAUUCACAAAUCAGAUACCCUUGAAUUUUCUAUUUACAGAAAACCCACCAAUACGGAUAAUAUCAUACCUUUUCACUCCAACCAUCCAUACAGCCACAAAUUUGCAUCAUUUCAUUCUCUUUUUAACCGUCUGUUUACUGUUCCACUGAAUAAUGCCAAUUUCUUGAAUGAACUUAAUAUAAUUAAACAAAUCGCUUACAACAAUGGUUUUCCAAUACAUUUAAUUAAUAGGUUAUAUUGCAGAUAUGUAAACAAAUUUUCAAACCACAGAUUAACUCAACGCAAUCCACAGAACAAAUAUUUUUCUCUAACCUAUUUUGGUCCUAUAUCGUUAAAAUUAAAAAACAUAUUACUUAAAAAACUUAAUACCAAUAAUAUUUCAGAGUUCUCAAUUUCAUUCAAGACUUCAAAUAAUUUAAAACAUUCCUUGGUAAAUUCAAAAGACAAAAUCCCAAUGUUGGACAAGUCGGGAGUUUAUAGGUUGAACUGCUCUAAUCCUGAUUGUAGAGUUUGUUAUAUUGGCCAGACUGGUCGCAAGAUUAAAACUCGGUUAUCGGAACACGUUAGAUUAAUAGAAUCCAAUUCCGACAAGGAUGAGAUCAACUCUAAUUCAGUUUUUUCCAAUCACAUUAUUAAUGAAAAACAUAAUUUUGUUCCUAACUCCGAUGUUGAGAUUUUACAUGUUUGUGAUAAGGGGAAGAAACUCAAUCUACUUGAGACCCUAGAGAUAAAUAAAGCAAUUAAAAGUUCGGAGGUUCAGUGCAUAAAUGAGCAAACCAACUUUGACAGCUUAAAACUGUUCAAUUCCUUAUUGUUUUGAUUGAUUGAUUUGUUGACGGUUUUCUUUUCUGUAUUGAAUUUACUUCGCACUCGCUCAACAGCCAUGGUUGCACAUUGCCAUUUUUUCUAGUUUGGCCUCUUUUUUGAGGAUUUUUGCUGUCAGUUUAUGUUAUACGAUUGACUAUUACUCUCUUUGCCAUAGGUCCAUUGGACAGUAGCUCUGUCGCCUUGACUUGUGACGUCUCGCUCGGUAGAUGACGAAUGUUAAACUUCAUGUCAUGUCAGGCGUCACACGUGCAUGGUCACAAUUUUUAUUUUUUUUUUAUUAAUUGACACUUUGUGGACAGAAAUGUUAUUUUCACCCUAACAUUGGGGGACCCGCAAGGUUUUUGCGGUUAAAUUCCUCUUUGUUUUUGUUAUUUUUAAUAUUCGCAUAUAUUCAUUAUUGUUGUCUUUUCCACCACAUAUGACCUUUUUCUGGCUGAAGAUGAGGGAUUGUUCCCUUGAAACAUGUCCCAUUUGAUAUAACACUCAAUAAAGUUUGUAUUUGGUGGAGUUUGACUGUGAGUUUUCACCUACCCAAUAUCAUCUCUCCACUGUAUGUCAUGGAUCGCCUCCGUUGGAUAUUUGU